AAAAUAAAAAUAAUAUUUUGUUUUCCUAUUUCCCUCCUUUGCUUACCCUAAAUUUUUUCAUCUAUAACGCUCUUGGUCAUUCCCUCUCGCCAUGCUCCUCCUCAAAUCCUUCUCUCUUACAUGCACUCACCUCAAUCACUUCUCUGGCUCUCACUCGUCUCUCUCGCACUCACUCCCUGUGCCUUUCGUUUACUCUCACAUUCACUACGUUUCACCACUGCCGAUUCUCUAAUCUUAUUCUUCGUACUCAGCUCAGUACUUUGUUCUUUGCAGGUUGAAAUUCCCUUUCUGAUUGGUUUUAUCCAUCUUCAAAACCCUAGUUUGGUUUCUUCCAACUCCAAUAGAGCUUCACUUCUCGAAGGAUGAAGGACGUCAUGCUUUCCAAGGGGAAACCCUUGAUCUUGGAGAAGGUUAGGGUUUGAGUGUAGAGCAUGGCCAGAGGUAGUCCUAUUAAGGACGAACUGGAAAACAAGAAGCCGACGCCGUGUCCCUCGCCAUCACCGGCGCGACCGACAUUGCCUCUGUCAUCGUCGACGUCCACCACAGCUGCGCCAAAGAAUGAAACUGUGCCGAAGAAUGAAGAAGGGAGUUCAAAGUAUUAGUAUGACUGAGGUUCAAUUUUAGGACGAAGGACUUGUGUGAGAUAUUAAUGGAUGAGAAUAGAUGGAAGGGUUUCACGCAGAACAAUGUGAGGAUUAGGAAAAAGGUUGGUGAGAUUGAGAAAGAAGAAAUUGAUCGGGCAAUAGCACUCUCUCUUUCAAAGGCAGAUCCGAAAGGGAAAAAAGUUAUUGAGGAUGACUCUGAAUUUGAAGAUGAUGAACUGUGUCCACUUGAUGAUGAGGAAGAGAAACGUAUUGGGGAAGUUCAGCAAGAUGAAGAUGACCAUCAUGCUCAAAUUCAAGAUGAAGACCAAAAUCUUAAUGAAUUUCCACUUGAGGAAGAUGAACAAUUGGCCAGGGCAAUUCAAGAAAGUUUGAGCAUUAGUUCUCCUCCUCGAUCUGACACUGAUUCUUUAUUUCAAACUUUUGCAAACUUAUUCCCACCUGUAUACAGUUUUCAAUGUCUGGAAAUGGACGUUAUCAUAAAUCCUGCUAUAAGGAGUUACAUCAUUCGAAAUGUGAUGGAAACCUGGUUCAAAAUGGGUGGACAUCAUCAAAUGUUGCAAGCUUGGGAAGUUUUGCCUAUAAUUCUUCUAAUUGCAGUAAAGAACUGUCACUAAGUCUUUCAAGAUCUCCUCCAACUACUGGUUAGGGCUCAGAUAUGAGCUGCUCCAACGCAUCUCGCAGCAUGAAUGGAACAAGUUCAGGCUUGGAGCAACCUUCCUGCAGCAGCAAGGAACUGUGUAUGAGAUUAGGUUCCAACAAACAUGUCCAGUUUUCACCAGCAGUAUUGGGGUCCAGAUAUCUUUCUGGAGUUCAAGAGAUAUUUGCUCAAAUUGCCACAUACUCAUUUGAAAAUGUAGAGCUGAUGAAUUACCCAGCUUCUGGUGUUAGAGCGGGAGGAAAUAAGUCAGCUUCAGCUUUCACACCAAAGAGAAGGGUAGGGAGUAAUCAGAAUGAAAAUUCCAUGUAUGGACCACAUGCAGAAGAAUCUCCAUCGGAAAGACAUGCAGCUGAUUCAAACAAAUCCCAACUUCUCAUGCUUCUACAACUGGUAAAAUGCUACCUCUUUCACUCAUCAGUAGCACAUAACUUAUUGUCUUGAUUUAAUUAUAUGUUCAAUUCUACGCGCUUGGAUUUGAUGAGUGCAUAUCUUUGCUAUAUAUAUGUUCAGCCUGGAUUUGAUGAGAGGUUUGAUAGAUCAAUCCAACUAUAUUUGCUUUGACUUU